AUGCUCACCUGCCUCCUGGAAUUCCCCCGAUCCUGGACGGAUACAGCAGCAACCGACCGGGGCUGCCUCCGCGUGCGUCGUCCCACUCCUCCACGCCCCACGGAGAUCCAGAGAUCUGUCUCCGCGCCACCAUCCGCGCCGCCAUCAAGGGUCGCGGAGCCACCCCUCCCCGCCUCGCGGCAUUGCCCGGCGCGACAGACGCCGCACGGCCCCCGACUCGGCGCCCCACACUCCGCGCCCCCACUCCCCCCGGCGGGAGACACCGUCCCUCUCGCCAUGCGCUCCCACGCCCACCACUCUCGCUCGUCACCACUCGAUCUCCCUCCCCACCUCUUGUCCAGUGCCCAUUUUUACCACCACGCCCCAAAUGCUGACAACCACCUGCAGCCCGUCGCCGUGCCUGUGCGCACGGUCAUGGCGGCUAUUGGAAUUUGUCUAAUUAUUCAACAGCGGCUCCCCGCGAAGACCUUCGGCGGAGGCUACGGCGCUAGGCGCACCAGUAGCGCGAAGCGAAGGGCGCCGAGGAGAGCUGCGGUGGUGCGGUGCGGGCUGCUGUCCGUGGACCCGUGGGUGCCGACGAUGGACUCCCAGAGUGUGGCAUCACAACUCUUUGCCGUCUCGCUCUUCCCCUACCUGGGCUUACGCUCUCCCAAAGCGAGACAGAGAAGGUCCAAGACCGCGCCCGGGCUCACGCUCUUCGGUUUCUACUUCCUCCUCGUCUUCGUCAGCGCCACCAUACCUGCUGGGAUUUAUGCAAAAGUUCAUUAUGGUACCUUGCUGUCCAACGUUGACUGGCUGCACGGGGGCGCUGAAUCGCUGCUGACUCUCACCAACCUGUUUAUCGUUUUGGGGCUGAGGAGAGCCCUGAGGAAGCUGGAGGAAGAGGGCACAGACGAGAGCGUUUCUGAAGCUUCUCAAGACAGUGCAGAAAAAAGUUAUGUCUAGAUGGGUUCAUCAUCAGUACCCCUGAUGGUGCACUCAGUAUUCUAGGAGUGCGUGGUUUUUUUUCUUCUGAAGCUCAACUAGCUUGUAGUGAUGCUUUGGGUGUAAGGAAAUCUGGCAGAUCUACUCUGUGCAUAUUAUGCUGAUAAGAAAACAAUGUACAAGCAUCUCCUGCAAUUCUGAUGAGACACCGUCCCUCUCGCCA